CACCUUCAGCCAUGACAUUCCGUUUAUCACGUUAGUGCACCUCGAAUACAAGAAUCCCACUACAGUCUGCACUCUACUGGCAAAUUUGCGAACUGACAUAUUUCAGUUUAUUGAACCUAACCUUAAAAUUUGUUUACGAAUUUUAUUGACGAAUUUACGCUGACACCGAGAAAUUUGUUUGUGCGCUGGCUUCACUACGACAAUGUCAAGUACAGUGGAAAAUUUCCAUUACGUUGUUUACAAGGAGUUCGAGAAACAAGGACCCUUCGCUGACCCAACACAGAAUUUGUUUGGGUUCAAGAAAGUGCUUCAGAGUACGCCCGAAGAAAUAGGGUCAGCCCACGACAAAGUUCCGGCAGCAAUGGAAUUUAGUGAGCGACAUAUCCCCGACAAUCAAGUUGCCCAGACCAAUUUCACCGAAUUGGCAGAGCUGAUCACUUCAGCUACCGGCAAGCAGGGGCGCGAGGGCAAUGUGAAUGUUUACAAUAAGUGCGUUUUCUUCGUGAACAGCUACAACAAUGGAGAUUUACAGGAUGAGAAGAGCCUUAUAGACCAGCUGUCUGGUCCGUUUGCAAAGGCAAAGAGUCGAGUGGCACAUUGCUCUGAUUUUGCAGAAGAAGCUUCCAGAACGGCCUCCUUCAGUUUCGACAUGAAUGAUUGCCUGCAAGCAAGUAGCACGCCGGAACCAAUGUCCCAACUAUUCACGAACCUUGAGGGAAGUGACUGCCGGAAGUUGAACUCCUUCGGAGAAGACCCAAUCGUUGUCAGUAGUGGGUCCGACGACGAAUCCCAUGUCGAAACUGCUGAAGCUACGAAACUGUAUUUCGUGGACAAGCACGACCUCAAACCAAUACUAACUCCAAACGUCAUGCCUGGCGUCUACAAGAUGGUGUCGCCGACCAAAGAAUCUGCUUCAAAAAGUGUCAGACCAAAUGUCUACAGAGGAACUCGGGAAAAGAAUGGGACAAUCAUGACCGCGAAGGAUUUCGAAUCUUCCUACGUAACAGCUCGCGAUAUUGCAAUCAAAACUGAUGACAUCCUCCAGGAGAGUCGAACGCAAGAAUCCAGCAAUAAAAAGGAGCAUUGUCAGGAAAUUGGGAAGCCGGAUCAAUCGAGCACAAGUGACCGCGUUGAUUCAAAUGACAGGCUCUGGCACCUGGCAUACGACAUACUCAAGCUCCCCGCGGAGAGUACCUGCGUCCGGUUUAAUAGGACAAAAAAUGAAUUAAUUUACCGCAGUCCAGUGACAAAAAAGAAGAUUAUCUAUCGUAUCGUCCGACCAGCAGAAUUGCAAUUGAAUAUAGUCGACAACGAUGUAAAUAUCCAGUUAGGAAACCCUACCUUUGUACAAUACCUCAAUAACAGUAGCAAUCACGCAUCUCCUGUAAAACUUCCAACAAAGGAUGGCAUUCCGAAAAGGCCGCGUGGACGUCCGCGAAAAAUAUCACGUAAAAGGACAGUUACCACAGACGAUCAUCAAUUUCCGCAAAUAGUAACAACAACAGCCUCACAACAAGUACAUCCUCUCACCUCAACAUCAUCACUUUCAUCACGUACAAGAUGUGGUCGCAUGUCAAAACUUCCACAGUUCAUUGAAAGCAAUUUCAAAGUCUCGGGAGAAACGCCCCUCCAGGUCCAAAAUUUUGAAAAUGCCAAUGAUAAUAGUUACAAAUGCAAUAAUGAUACAAGUGCGACGACUUUAGCCGGAGAAAACGUUGAAAACACAAGAAUCAAACGUGAACGUAACGUUCCACCUGAAUAUCGAUGCAAUGUUUGUAAUAAGAUUUACUUAGGCAAGAACAAGAUGCUCCGACAUUUUGGAACAUAUCCCGAGCAUUUCGUAAAUCCCGGAGUAGAAGAGAUGGUUCGGGAUUCAAGUCUGUAUACAUUUCUAGUCAAAAAAGUACAACAACCAAAUCUCACCGAAGAUCAAAGAAUCACGCUUUUGUUGAACGAGCUGACUGAUUUCGUGAACCAACUUCAAUUACGGAGAUCACAAUUGGUUACCCAUAAGUCAGCUAUUUAUUUUGUGAAUUCAGUCGUAUCAAAAGUGCUUGGUGCCGCUGAAGGCCAUUACGGCGUCGAUUUAAGUGCGCUUAGCGCCCCACCGCCGCCUGUUAGUGACACCACACUUGCCGAACCACCUCCAGCCAGAUUAGAUUAUAAUUUAAGCAUUUCAUUAGACGACACAAUUGCAGAUGCCAAAUUAAAUCUAACCGAAAACAUAAUUACUUCGGAUGAUAGUCUUUUACGAACAGUGGACGAUUUAGUAAAGGAAGGAAUGAAGAGCCUGACCGGAGAUGAUGCCAUCAACCGGAAUCCUGUACCGUCUGUCAUUAAUUACGAUCACGCCAGCGAUAAUGCUGUAGAAGCAGUGAACAUGAAGGAAACACAACCUCCGCCCAUGCUUGAUCUUUCACUGGAUCUGUUCCAGUUUAACAGUAAUUAAUAAUUAUAAGAUUGUGAGAAAAUACUCAGUCUAUAGAGAUUAGUAUUUAAUGUUUACGAAAACCGCAAAAGUAUUAAACCGAAGAUCUAAACGA